AUGGCGCCAACCACUCCUGAGGAGGAACCCAAGAAACGCGGUCGCGGCAGACCCCCCAAAGCCGAUGGUCAAAAGAAGGCCGCCUACGUUCCCACGGGACGUCCUCGUGGCCGUCCUAAAGGUAGCGGAGGCGUGAAAAAGGCUACCGCCCCCAAGCCCAGCGCCGGCACCGGCAGAGGGCGUGGCCGACCCAGAAAGAGCGACGUCGCCGAUGCGACCGCCUCGACUGUUACGCCCAAGAAGAGUACGCCUGCCAAAUCCACCGGUCGCCCCCGCGGUCGCCCUCGCAAAUCCGACGCGUCCACCGCCGCGCCUACGCCCACUACAGCGUCAGCCAACAAGAGCAAGGGGAGGAAGGGCGAUGUCUCGACGAAGGAGUCCUCUCCCUCUGAUUCCUCCUCCGCCUCUGAAGAGGAAGACCCGGCCUUGAAAGAUGUCGCGAAGUCGCCCUCUGACGCCGCCGACUCCACCGAAGAGGUUCGUCGCUGGUUUCCCGCGAAAGUGAUGCGAGGAUUGUUCGGCUGA